UGGUGAGUGAGUGAGUGAGUGAGUGAGGGGAGGAGACCGGAGGCGAGGGACAGGCGGAGCAGGCAGGAGUCGGGAGAAAUGUUGAGUCAGUGUGUGUGAGGAGGACGGAGGUAACUGCUGGUCUCGCUGGAUUCUCUCACUGAACAGGUGCACGGCGCUUCCGCCGCUGUCCUCUGCGGGUGUCCAAACGUUUACGCGGAGCUGCCCCGGUGAGCUCCGACGCACCGGUGACUCACACAAGGAGGAGGUUGGGCCUCUCCAAAGCUACCAGGAAGCUUCUCAGCACACACUUUCUGUCUGAUGACAAGUCUCAGCGCUCGACACCAGGAUUUGGAAUUUUUGUUUAACCAAAAGAAAAAACAUUCUUUCUUGAAAUGCGACAACGUCUUGCAGUCGUUACAGUCCUGUAGGGUUUAAAGACUCAUCAUCGCUGUGUGCUCUGUCACCAAGGUGUAAACAGAACUACAGAGCUGCAGCUGAGGGGCACUGGUAGCCCUGAAUAAUCGCCCCUCGAUUGAAGGCGCCAAAAAGGCUUUUUCUUGGAUUGUUAGGACAUUAUUAAAGGUCAGUAUCCUUUCACCCCUCUUCCCCCUUGAGCCCCGUCUCGCUGCUUCGGCUUCAUUUUUUUCCUCUCUUUUUUAAAUUCCUCAGCCCUUGACUUUCAGAUUAUUGUGGGAUUAAAUAUUCAGCCCUCGGAAACCCCUGUUCAAAUGUCAUUUCCCCCCCAGGAGUGUACUGAGACUGAAACUUUAACCAAAAUAACACCCAGGAGGAAGCAGUGAAGGAGAAAAGAGGGCUGGAAGAGGAAGGAAUAGAGGAGACUGAAGGGCAGAUGGCUUCACUGCUCGAAAACACAAACAGCUGGAUGAAUAAAACAUUUGAGUAGAGAGCGAGUCGUGACAUCUGGCUGAGGAGUGAGUGACUCGCGUUGCCGCUCUCCUUCUUUCUCCUUGUUCACUUCACUCUUUUCACUGACCUACAUCCUUGUCUUCUUCACCCCCUCCCAUCCAUCUUUCUUUUCUCUCAUGUCAUCCUCGAUCUCUCUGUGGACACAGGAGUUCAGGUGGUCACUCAGACAGACAGAAACAAGCUUGUGACUCUGCUUGUUUCUACUUCUUGCGUUCCACCUUUGCGUGCCCUCUCCUGCUUGCCCUCCUUGUCUCUCUCUCUUCCUUCUCUACGGUGUGGUGUGUGUGUGUGUGUCUGUGUGUGUGUGUGUGUGUGUGUGUGUGUGAUGGUGCGUCCCCUCCUCUCGGCCCUGGAGACAUGCCUGUGCAGGAGAUGGCGGUGAGUCCUGUCAAGUCUCUGUACUGGGAGCAGUUCCCUUCCAUGUCACAGUGCCGCGUCUACUGCACGCCCGUUUACCACGAAGGCCUGCUCUAUGUGCUGGGGGGCUGCAGUGAGACCGGCAUGCCUCUGGACAGUGUUGAAGUCCUGGAUGUAGAGAGCCAGACGUGGAGCCAACUGCCUCCACUGCCUACUGCGCGGGCGGGGGCCUCAGCUGUGGUGCUAGGGGGCCAGGUGAUGGUGCUUGGGGGAAUGAAUCAGCAGCAGACCCCUCUGGCCUCUGUGGAAAUGUACCACCCCGAUGAGGGCAAAUGGGAGACAAAGGCGAGUCUGGGUCAGCCAUCCAUGGGAGUCACCACAGUGGAGAAAGAUGGAAAAGUGUAUGCACUGGGGGGCAUGGGUGCAGACACAACACCACAGGCCCUGGUUAGGGUGUAUGAUGCAGAGAAGGACCAAUGGCACCCAAUGACAUCUAUGCCCACACCGCGGUAUGGAGCCACGCCCUUCGUAAGAGGAACCAAAAUCUACGUGAUGGGUGGUCGCCAGGGAAAGAUGCCGGUGACAGCACUGGAGGCUUUUGACCUGGAGAUGAAGAGCUGGACACGUUACCCCUGCAUCCCCAGCCGGAGGGCCUUUUCCUGCUGUGCUUCAAAUGAGCGAAGCCUCUUCAGCCUUGGGGGCCUCCAGCAGCCGGGGCCGCAUAACUUUUACUCCAGACCUCACUUUGUCAGCACCAUGGAGGAGUAUGAUCUGGAUCAAGGUAUUUGGAUAAAACCCACUCGGACGUCCAGGAUGAGGGAGAAGAGGGCUGACUUUGUGGCAGGAUGCCUGGGUGGAAGAGUCAUCAUAGCUGGUGGUCUAGGCAACGAACCCUCGCCGCUGGGCUCGGUGGAGAGCUAUAACCCGGUGAAGCGGCGCUGGGAGUACGUGGCACCCAUGCCCACCGCGCGCUGCUCCUCUGCUCUUCUGCAGGUGACCAACAUGCUGUUUGUAAUUGGCGGAGUUUCACAGGGACCCAGUAAUGCUGUGGAGGCCCUGUGCAUGCAGGAAACAGUGUGACACAAAGACACACACGAACACACGAGCAAGAAUAUGUGCAAACUGGCACUGAUAUUUUUCUUCAUGUGCGUGAACAGAGACACAAACACAUGAAAUGGAUCCACAAAUCCUGCUUGUACUGUUCUACCUUUAUGUCCGGCUGAUGGAUUCGUCUUGUGCACUGGGCUGUGGGAAACUCUUUUUCACAUUCGACAAACAUUUUCUGACAGGAGCUGCGGAGACAGGUUGUGACAUCUCUGGAUGAAUACAAGAUUAAGGACAUACAAGUGGACUGCUGUGACUGGCAAGGACAGAAAACUGACAAUUCUUUUUUUUUACUCUGGGGAAAUCAAAGGAAGAAAAAAAUGAGCAAAAAACUAAACAAAAAACAGACACCAUGUCUGAAGAAAUAACACGCCUUCGAACUGUUGAGCAUUUUUCUGAAUAAAAGCAGGGUACUUUUCUGGAUAAUAAAGGAACAUAGGGCCAUAUCUGAAUCUCUUUGUUGCUCUCCCCUACUGCUGCAACAGCAAGCUCAGACACUUUUCUAUGACCUUAGAAACAACACUAUAUUGAGUUUUAGACAGUUGAGGUUCUGAGAAUACGAAUGACUGUUUUGGCUUCUCACUUUUUUGGUUUGGUUUGUUUUGUUCUGUGUAUAUGUGUGUAAAGCAACUGCGACCUAGUGUCUCACACCACUAGCAACUCAUGCAGCUGCAAGCCCAUCUACUUUCUACAAUCAGUCAACUACUGAUGGAUGUUGAGUCAGCCACUGUGUUUCCUUCAUUUCAGUUGAAAAACUGGCUGUGAUUGAGCUUAUUAUCACCUCAAUAUGCUUCACAUCUGUCCACCUGUGCAUCACAUCAACCAUUUCCAGAGCUACUUUACAUUGUACUACGCAGAUGUAGUUGCUGGCAGAGUAAAUGUAGGGCUUUUCAAAUGUGCUGCACAGAAGCAUCCAGCAGAUAACUAGCAGAUUCUUAUUUUAACUUCAUAUCAGUCAGAUACACUUGGAAGAGGAUUUUACAAUUGUGAUUCUAGCAGUUUUGUCACAUUCUAGGUAUAAACAUGUGAGGACAUUUAUGUAUUUAGUUAAAACCAUACACUAUUUAAGAAUUAGGGUUGACAUGAGUAUUGUUGGACAGUUUAAUGGUUUUCUAUGGAAAGAAAAGUGAUUUGAAAUAUGAUGUUUGGGCCUGACAGAGCUAACAUUAUCAUAGUUCUUUCUUCGCCACAUGAGCAUAGAUGUCAAAGUUGUCUAUUUAAAGGUGUUUCUGGCAAAAAAAAAAAAAUCUGUCUUGUGAAUAUAAAAUAUUCAUGUCUGUAUGGCUAAAAGGAAAGGAGACUAAAAAGUUUAUCGCUUGCAGAGGAAGCAAAACUGAAAAAGUUCACAGAAAGUUUCUGCAGCACCGUCUUUUUUCUGCUCUUAGUCUGCAUUUUCAGUAGGAUCCAAACAAUAUUUGGGGUUUUUUUUGCUUAAAAAACAUAAAAUAUGCUACUUCUCACAUUAUGUCGAUUACAUGAAAUACAAUUAGUGUAUUUAGUUAUCAGUGUUGGGCAAAAAUAGUUAGAAAGCUGUACAAAUAUAAUGUGUAAAUGUGUUUUUACCAGUGGCUAAUGUUAGCUAGCCUACAAUCUGUUAGCUAACUUGCAAACUGGCUUGCAAGUUAGCUAACAGAUUAAAGCCAUUAACGAUGAUAUGUGUGCUUAUAAGUUGAUCUUGGUCUGCCUUCCAGUGGAGGCUUUCCUUUAGUGCGUUCUGGCAUAGGUCCGAUAGCAAGCUAGCAAGCUAGAUUUUUUGCGCAAAAAAAGCAAAUGAAAAAGAAGCCUAAAAGUGCCUGAAGCUGCAGCUCCUCUGAUGGCCAAAGGUGUGUCAGUCCCUAUAGAGUCCUAUGUUAAAAUGCCAGAAAGCAGAAAUAAACAUAAUUACAGCCUUGUACAAAAAUAAAAGAUAUUUUAGUCCACAUAGCUUAAUGACAGCUUUACUGUUGGCCGAUUUUAAACUCACCAGUUUGAGUUAGAUUAAGGCUUCAGGAUUAAGGGAGAGGCUCUCUGAUUGAUAUCUUCUUGUUCAGCAUUAGGAUGUACUAAAGGUAACUCUAUUUUUUCAAGUAUUUGGUUUUAAAAUUGUUUUUCAAAAACCAAACUUAUCACUGUAUUUAAUGUCACUUUGAAUUACAAAUUAUUUACUAAUGCAGCAGGCUAACCAAGCUAACCAAGUUAGCAGAGGUUCGUUAGCUGAUACUUUCCAACUUCAAAAAACAAAACACACAAGAAAAACAAAAACACCCUUCAUUAUUUUAGCUUUUACCAAAAUGGCUAACAUUAGGCUUAACACACAGUUAACAAAUAGAUAAUUUCAAAAUGGUAACACCCGUCUCUUAUUUGCCUUCUACGUUAUAAAAGAAAAGCACAUUAAUGGCUGACCAGUAUCUUCUAGGACUGGUAGGUUCCAAUUAUUCUUGGACUCACUGGAAUCCACUGUAAGUGCCGUGAUUUCAACAUCUGUAGCUGCUACAGACGUUUCCAAGCCACCUUUCCACAAUGCAGUAACCUCAUCAAGUCACAGUGAAAAAGACAGAUUUUAGAUUGUUUGGGCAAAGGUGAGGCUUUAGGUAAAAGAGUUAAUGGAGAAAGCUGCAGUACACAAUGUUUUGUGACAGAUGCGCUGACCUGCGGACAAGAGAGAGUUUGGGCAAGAAAGCAAAGGAAGUGUGUCACUGUGCAGCAUGUAGUCUCUGCUGGUCUUUGUGUAUUCUGCUGAACCAUGUUCUCCCAUAAUGGUGGCAUUUCUGAAUAUGCAAACACAGAUCCAGUCAGCAGCUUUUACUGUAUUCAUUUACUGUAACACAGCACUCUUUUAAGGCUUAGCAGGUUUGGUACUGAGGCUUUUGAGCUCGGGUCUAAAUUAUAAACUUUUCUAUUAUAGCCAUAUAGCAGGAACAGUAGGGAAGACACUAGAAACAUUAGUACUUACUAACAUUAGUACUUACUAACAUUAGUAGAGACACUAAUACACAAAAAUGGUUCAUAUAACCCAACGACUAUAAUGAAAUGGUUUAACAUUUAAAGAUGAUAUUGAUCACUUACAUCCAGACCAUUUGAAAUAACUGAAAUAUUGACUUAAGCUGCAGAAAAACUUGGAGACACACAGGAAUACAGGAAGAAAGAGCCGUCUCUGGCCUCCAGAAUACGUUUUUUAUUCAUACUAACACAUACACGAACACACACACACACACACACACAUACGUCUUCUUCAUUGUCUUUCCCCCCGCUUCAUAUGUUUUCUGGCCCACACCCUGGUGCACCGUGCUAACAGACUCAGACAUGUAUUGCUGUGAGAGAGCACUGCAGCCACAUGGGCUCAGAUGAGAUGCCAGCUGACAGUCAGUUAUUUUAGGCGCUGCACUGUGUGCACCUAAUUGAGUACGUUAGAUACAAGUCAGAAGCUCACAUAUGCAUGUGUGCACACACACAGAAAACACACCACACACACACACCUGCUUGUACACAGAGCCAAGCAAGCGUGAAUGCAUGCACGUUCCAUCAGGAUACAUUUGUUUGGACGUUUGGACAUUCUUUUCUCAACAGCUCGGUUGUUUCAGGACUCCGUAUGGAUGCUUGGCCAUAUCGUGGAUGUCUUUGGAACAAUGACUUUGUAGAAUAGAGGAAUUCGUAGAAUUGGUAAAACGUGUAUAUUUACUUGCAUGUAAUCUGCCCACAUAGUACAUAGAUGGCCUAAAUUGAGGUCAUAAUUUCUCCAAUUGGCCGUCUCACUUGUUUUUUUUUUUUUUUUUAAUGUCUCCAGCUGUUUGGUUUUUUUGCACUUCUUCGUCUUUUUACACUACGCACCCAUACUCAUGGCUGCAGUAGGAGAAGUAACAAUUAGCUGUCUUGACAGUUUACACAAUAAUCUUAACAAGGCUCAGGGAACAUAUGUGUACGUAUUGUAAUACUGCAGUACGCCACUGAGAAGAACUGACAGUGAGACUGGCCCUAUGAUGGUUAAUGGACAUAAGCAGAGUUAAUUUGGUUCGUACUUUAGCUUGGGGGCGGCUGACACACAGCAACAUUUGGAGGUGUUUUUCUGGCAACCUGCACAAGCUCUUGAGGAGCUAUCAGUGCUUUUUAUGUGGAAACAGCUGUUUGCUGCAGGUGGUAAGAAGGUGGAAAACAGCAGAAAGACAAUCUGCUGAAAGAACCCCCUAUUUAAAAAACUAAAGCUAAUUUAUUGUACUUACAUACCGUAAUUUAACAAACAUCUGUUUAACAAAUCAUAUCUCUUCACAGUCUGUACAGUAUGCGUCACCAUGUGUCCUUAAACCCCUAAUUCAAAUAGGGAAAAAGCCUCAGGAAGAAGACCACAGGAGGGGCUUCUGUUCCACCACAGGCAGAUGUGAACCUGAAAAAUUUAAAGUAAGGACAAUCAGAACCCAGGAUGGGUUUGCCACUACAGGUGAAAGCUCACAUUUCACAGCUAUUUAGCUGCUAAUAACAAAUAUAUAUCUUACAGUAGUUCAUUUUUUAAACUUACAUUUUUUUCCAGUGGCAACUGAGCAACAUUAGCAUGCAUUUGAUGUUUUUUUUAAAUAAGUGCAAAUUUCAUCCUCCUUUUGUGUCUGAUUUGGUCUCCACACAUCCAAAGCUAAAACGGCCACAGAAUAUUUCACUUUUUUAAUGGAGUUUAAACAGUCCAGGCAGAGAUUAAAGGGGCUAAGGGUUUUUAGUCAGCUUGGUGUCCUGCAAUCAUGUUCAUGUGUAGCUGUUCAUGUGUAUCUGCUUGUGGGAAUGCUUGUUAUUAUGCCUGUGUGGGUGCAUGCAAACUUUUUUUUUGACACCAUGACACAUUCACCAUCUAUUAUUGCUUUCUGGAGGUUGUACAAUGCAAGCUUCCUGUCGCUGCAGCUAUUGGAUCCAGUUUACCUGCCACACUGCAGUCUCCCGAGAUAUUCUGGGACUUUUCUAGAGCUAGCUCUCUCUUUUGGCCUGCAGUCUCUACUGGCAUUUUAAUAAUAAUGAUAAAAAAAAUCUCCCACCUCUCUGACCUUAUCAUGGUAUGAUGGAUAUACUGAGAAGACGUCUCAUAAGUCUAGAAUUUGUCCUUCGGUGUGAAAGUCUGUCUCUCUGGCUCUUGAUGUGAUGUAUGUGCUAGGCUGUGUACUCACUGCAGUAAAAUCCCUCUGCAGCGUCUGACAGCAGGUUGAGAAACAGAACAAAAGAGCAGGAUGCUCCAGUACAGGUAGCAGCUAAUUACGUGCUGUUCUGUUUUAGAAGACCACGAGCAGAUGAUGCACAAGCAUAUGUAAAUGUCUAUGUAAAUGUGUUCUAGCAAUACAGGUUGAAAGACAAAAUGUAUUGUGAUCCUGCUUCCCAUGACAGCAGCAUUAAUAUGGUUUUAACUGGUAAGAGUUUCUACACGAAAUGGCUCAAAAAUCUUCAGAAUCUGAGGCGUGAAGCAAUUUUACAACCAAGUGCCCGACCAUAUGACAAUAAUCAUCCUACAUUACAGAGCGCUGCUGACAGAGAACUAAUGCAAAACAUUUUCAAGCAACAGAUAAGACUCCCAGGCCCCUCCCCCAACAAAUAAAAAAGAAAAAGUUGCCUUGUGUGUCAUUACCUCUUAAAAUUGCAGAUACAGUACGUACCGUCUUCUUCACGACACAUUCAGGGCCAUGUUUUGGUAUAGGCAGCCUUGUGCCUUGCUUCACAAAAAUAAGGCCAACAGACUCAGGUUGGGACAAAACGACAGGGGUGCAUUUUUAGCACAGUGCAAAGACGAGGGGUGGGAAAUGCUCAAGUUACAGUGUUUCAGUUUGAAUCCAACCAGAACUGUGUAGUUUUUUCAACAAUGAAAAGCUUCUUUUUUUUCUUUUCUUUUUUGUUGUGCGGGCAGCUUCAGCAUGGAUUCCCGGUUGCCUGGGCAACAGGGAACAGUGUCAACACCCGCAGGUAGCAUAAAUGUGUUCCCUUUUACAUUAGCAUAGCAUAGCCAUGACUUCUUUUUAUUCUUUGUGUCUUUGGAGCUGAACAAAAAACCCCAAAACAAAACCCAAAAAAAGCAAAAACAAAAGAAAGAAAGAAAGAAAAAACAAACAUGUCUUUGAUUAAGUGAUCAAGAUUAAAUAUGAGUAUUUUUUGUUGUUAAUUGUUCAUAUUUGUUCAUUAUUUUGGCCUCCAGUUGUUUGUGUUGUGGAUUGAGGUCGUGAGGUGACAGAUGUGUUGUAGUGUUGUCCAGAUCUGAGCUGGGUUCCCCAAAGUGUUUGUCACUGGUUUGGUGUUCUUGCAAAGCUUUGCUUGGGCUGACAAUAUAUUUUAAUAGACAUACAUAGACUAAAAAAAUAUCUCUUUAUUUUUUACCAUGUGGGUCAGAUGAGAUGUGUAGAAGCAGACUUUGUAUAUUUCUGACAAGGAUACUGUGUUUGUUGGAAUAUAAAAGCCUACAAAGGUUAUGAGUACUAUUUUAUGAGUACUUCAAUUUCUUGAGAGGGUUUCAGCAAAAUGUAGAAAACAUUCUGUGACUGAAACAAGACGCUUCUACUGUCACCAUCUCGGAGACCACUGGCCUUUCAGUGCGUCUGUCAUUUUCACUGCUCGGCAUCAAAGUAGAAACUAGUUUGUACAGACAUUUUGGGAAACACAAACCCAGAAUCCACUCUCCUGUUCUGAUCUCUCUCUCUUUCUCUGUACUGUGCUGUUUCCCUACAGUGAUUGACAAAACCUGGUAAACUGCUUUGUGGUCUCAGUAUUGCCAUGUGCUCUGUAUUUGCAAAUGUGAUUUGGGAGGCCUACUGAAAGUUACCGAAUGUGCUGAAUGUGAUAAGACAGAAGAUGAGACGUGGGGACGGGAGCUUUCUACACUCUCCCAGGCAUAAGUGGGAAUGUGCAACAGUUAAAUAGAACCUUGUUUAUGCUAUACUGCUUUACACUUACAAUGACAGUGUAAACAUGUAGUCGUAGAAUCACACCAUACAUAAAAACUAUGCACUUACAUGGCUUCACCCUCAAGUGACACUAACACUAGCUAGAUUCAGAUAUGAGUCCAGUUUAGCAACAAUUAAAUUCAAUGUCACAACUGUAAAAAUACAAAUAUAAUAGAGAAGUUUUACAUCAUAAUAUAGAGUACUGUUUUAUUAAUUCAGGUUCACUGACUGAGUUAUAACAUAUUGAUGUUGUUUGAUCCAAAUCCAGCCGUAACAUUCAGCGCAAUCAUUUAGGACUGCUGAUAAGUAUUUCAAGUGUUUAGCCUAUGGCACCACAUAUUCACCCUUAAACACACUUCUUUAUACGGUUGCUUGUUUCUUACAUCCUCGGCUGCAGCUUUUCAGCUGCCAGCCACACAUACAUGACAACAACAAGAAAACUCCUCGGGUCCCGGCACGUUUAAUAGGGGAGGCGUGAUGAGCUUAUCGAGCUCAGGUGUGUCUGCCUCCCCCGCCAUGAACCACGCCCCGCCACACUCUAUUUUACACAUUGAAUUCUUUCUCUCAUAACGACAGUGCAUGAAAAACGCUUUGAAGUUAACAGUCAAAAUAAUAUAUUGGAAACCAGCAAGUCAUUUAAAUGGUUGCCAUUAAAAACUACGUUUAUAUAAAUUAAGGGAACACUGGGAUCUCACAUCAGAUGAUGAUGAGACGAUGAAAAAUGCUUUGUCUCAUAUUUGAGUAAUUAUUUUGUAAAUAUUUUGUCAAUAAUUAUAAUUAUGUGUGUGUGUGUGUGUGUGUGUGCAUGUGUGUCUGAGAAUGACAUAUUCAUAAAAUUAAUACUCUUUACAGAUAUACUUGGCGUUGAUAACAAACACGAUGUAGACAUAAGGUUAUAAUUUAUCAAUAAUGGUCUGAGGAAACCAAAAUCAACCCCUUGAGAGCUCCCAAAAAUUGAAAUUGUUAAAAUUGUUGUGUUAAGAGUGUUCCCUUAAUUUUUUUGAGAAUUGUUUAUAAAAAUAAGGCCUCGCUUAGUGCCGUCCUAGUGGCAGCCUGUUCUAGCAGCUCCCUGUCUCGGAUAUAUAUAUGUAUAUAUGUAUAUAUAUAAAUUGAAAACACAUUUAGGCAUUUAGCACAUUUUAGAAAAGGUUUAACUUACCCCAAUGAUUUGAGUCAAGCCAAGUGACCUAACUGCCAGAAAUUAAAUUUUACAUCAAUUCCUAACGUCAAACUUGAAAUCAUGCCCUGGUGUCUUGCUAAAUUUCAACCAACAUUUAACAUUUACUAGAAAACAGAUUACUUCAUUUUCAUUAGCUAGUGGGGACAACCUGUAACUGUUUUUAUAAUUAUAAAUUAUGAUGAAUUAAAAAACAUUUUAUUCAAAAUUGGCUGUUGCUAAUGGUUUAACAGUUCAGAGAACUGUUCAUUAAUUAGUUAAUAUUUAAAUGAGAAGCUAGAGCUCGAGUUGGCUAACUUAGCUCAACAUAAAGACUGGAAGUCAGGGAUAAUGACUAGCUUGGGUCUUUCUGAUUAUUGGUGGCUACAAAGGAAAGCUUAUUUAAUUUUACUUUUUAACAAAUAGUACAUCAUGUACUGUAAAUAAUGUCUAUCCAUAAUAUUUCUGCCCUUUGCCAAGUAAUAGUUUAAGGUCACCCCUAACUGUAUUUGAACCUUUCUGUUCUGGUACGAGUCAAACAAAAGUUUCUCAGAAUGUUAAACUAAAGACAGACAGUCUUUGUUUCUACUCUUUAUGCUAAGCUCAGCUCUCUGGCUUUAGUGCCACUGUACACAAAGUGGUAUUGAUACUCAUAUCAAACAUACAUUUUAUUUAUUUGCUCACUCUGACUGGACUCAUACCUCUGACUGGGUUAGCCUCUUAGAUACAUUAGAAACAACCAUAGCUAGUCACUUGAGGGUUAAGUGUCACACAAGAGGCAGCAUGUUGUAUUGUGAUAAAGCUAAUGCCAGGUGCUUAUUCUGCACCACACAUGUACAAAGUUAUUAAGAAAUAAUUUCUUCUACUUGAUAAUCCCUCUAACAUCAAACAAGAUUAAGCUACUGCCUGUUUACAGGAGGAGGAGUGUUUCCUUUUCAUUCACCGCUCACACAGAAAGAUAGAGGGCAUACACCGGCAUUACUUUUGUUGUUAUAAUUCUGGUUAUAAUGAUGAAGUAAUCUUGGUGGUAUUCAUUGUUGUGGUUGUUGUUGUCACUGUAAUAGGUAAAUGUGACAUUGCAAUGUAUUUUAAAGUAAUGGUUGGGAUAAAAAACAAAGUGAAUGAGAUUGUACUAAAGAAGUACGAGGCUGAAUUAGCUUAGGAGUGAUAGGAUUGUGGAUGUACACAGGGAAAGGCUGCCUCCCCUCACCAAAGCCUGCCAGACACAUUCUUACACCACCAGAUAAAAUCAGUGGGUUUUAAAAAUGAUAACAAGGAUUAACAAUGGGUUAGAGCACAAUCCAUCCAUCCUAUUAACAGCUGCAUGACUUUGGCUAAUAACUCAAUAAUGACAGAUUACAUACAAUAAGCUUUCCCAUCUUUCUGAGAGGAACAAUAAUACAACCAGAGUGACUUUGACUUUUCCUUCAUUCCUAAUUCAUGCUUUGAUGAUGAAGGCUAAAAAGAAUAAUUAAAAAGUUGGAGCCAUUCAGUGAUAUGAGCAGAUAUGGUUUUGGCUCUUGUAUCACAAGUGUUGUUACACAAUCAUUGGUCAAUGAUUUGUUAAUCACAAGUCAAACCAAACCACUGAACCCUGUUUAUCUUCUUUUCUGACUCAAAUUUACAAAAAACACUUAAUUAUGAAUUUAGGAUGAAUUGAAACUGGCGACCAAAGCUGCCGCCUCAUGCUGGCCAUUAGGAAAAAUGCAGGUUUAAGGCAUUUCUACACUGGCUUCAGUUUUCAGACCUUCUUUUAUAUGUAGUUUACCAGUAUUUACAUUUUGAAUUACAUCAACGGAUAACAGUUUGCACCACACGCCUGUUCUGCAUGCACUAUGGGUGUAUCUUUGUUCAAUCUAAAUGAUCAUUUUGCUGCUAUAUCUUUAACAUUCAGCAUUAUUUGGGUGUCUUGAUUUGACGUGCUGUACAUGUAGCUGUAGCCAAAGUAAAUGUGACUGGCAGGCUUUGGUUUUCAGACCGAGUAGUGGCUGUGAAUCCAGUGCAGUAGUUCAGUGCCUAUACUAAAUGUGAGGUAGUGCCUCGACUAUGAAUCCUGUUCUAUAAUAAACUAUUUUGACUUGCUGUCUGAUUCCA